UUUUUUUGAUUCCUUGUUUUAAUAAUGAUCUUUCAAAUUAUAUAAGAACUUCCUCUCUCCUCCAUUUUUUUAACUUUUUUUCCUUUUUUUUUCUUUCUAAUCUCUUCCCUUUCUCUUUCAUACAUUCUUUCAUUCACGCCAAAAAAACACAUUUUUUCCCCCCACCAAACGACUCGGAAUAAUCACUCAACAUGCCACCAAAAGCCGUUGCUGAAAAGAAGCCUUCCACUGGAGGCAAGGCUCCUGCCAAGACUGCUGCUUCCUCUGAGAAGAAGGAGCGCAAGCCCAAGGCCGAGGGUGGAAAGGGACGCAAGAAGUCCCGCUCUGAGACUUACUCUUCUUACAUCUACAAGGUCUUGAAGCAGGUCCACCCCGAUACCGGUAUCUCCAACAAGGCUAUGUCCAUUCUCAACUCGUUCGUCAACGAUAUCUUUGAGCGCAUUGCCGGUGAGGCUUCCAAGCUUGCUGCCUACAACAAGCGCUCCACUAUCUCUUCGCGCGAGAUUCAGACCGCUGUUCGCCUCAUCCUUCCCGGUGAACUUGCCAAGCACGCCGUCUCUGAGGGUACCAAGGCUGUUACUAAGUACACUUCCUCCAAGUAAAAAAACAGUGGGGAAAAAACGGGAUGACAUAGGUGGAGCACGGACAUGGAUUAGUACACCUAUUCCUAGUUCAUUUCCAAUCUCCAUUACUCGCUCUCCUUUGGUCUCAGCACUCGAACGAUAACCUGUUUUAUAAUUUCUCAACCAAUCCAACUGACUCUCGUUUGUUUAAUAAGUUCAAGUCAUUCAUGACGUUCAAGAGCCGUAGACCACCAGUCUUUUUUUCUUUUUCUCUAUCAAUCAACUAUUGUACAUCAUAGCCCUGUUUUUUUUGUAGAAACACAUUAAAACAAAUAACAAAAAAUGCU